CAAUGGCUUCAGUAUCGAAAGCUCCUCUGGUCUGGAUAGACUGUGAGAUGACUGGCCUGGACACCAACAAUGACACCAUUAUGUCAUUUGCCGCAUUUGUCACUGAUGCGGACCUCAAUAUCUUGGAUGACACAGGCUUUGAAGCAAUCAUUCAUCACGAAAAAGAGCAGCUUGACCGCAUGGGAGAAUGGUGCACCAACCAUCACGGGGAUUCAGGGCUGACGCAGGCCUGUAUUGACUCUACCACCACUGCGGAGGAAGCUGCUGAGGGUCUACUCAACUACAUCAAAAAAUACGUACCCGAACGCCGCACAGCUCUCCUCGCAGGUAACUCUGUGCAUGCCGACAAAGGUUUUCUUGUUAAGCAGCCCUAUCACAUUGUAGUAGAUCAUCUUCACUACCGAAUUCUGGAUGUCAGUAGCAUCAAGGAAGCUGCACGCAGAUGGGCCCCGAAAGAGACACUGGCAAAGAUUCCAAGAAAAAAGAUGCUGCACGAAGCACGGCAAGACAUCCUGGAAAGCAUCGAGGAAGCAAGAUAUUAUCGGGAGGCAUUCUUCCUGAGACCUCAGAGUACAACAGAUGCACAAAAGAACUAGGGGGUUAUAUCAAACGAGCUGAUUUUGCUCGGAGAUGGUGCUUUUCUUGGAACGAGAUUCAGGAUAAUUUUGUAUCGUGCGACCGUAUUCCAUAAGCAUUGAUUCGAGGCAGUCAAUCUGACAUGUUCUCACGUCAGUCACUUCAAUGCCUGAUCAGACUAUAGCUACGUGUAAAUCAUCUUGAACAGCUAUCCGACAGUUUGUCACUGGUUAUGUACCAAUCAGCAAAAAUGCAACAUAUGAUCACACGAUAGUCGUAACCUCUGAACAACUGCUAGCUGGGUAGGGCUC